AUCCAAUGUUGUCCCCAUGUACCUGGGAGAGCUGGCCCCUAAGAACAUGCGGGGUGCGAUUGGCAUCGUGCCCCAGCUCUUCAUCACCGUAGGCAUCCUCAGUGCCCAGGUUCUGGGCAUCACAAACAUCCUGGGAAACAGCACAGGCUGGCCGUUGAUGCUGGGCCUGACAGGCAUCCCUGCCCUGGUAGAGCUGCUGCUCCUGCCCUUCUUCCCUGAGAGCCCCAGGUACUUGCUCAUCCAGAAGGGGGAUGAGAGGACCGCCAAGAGAGGUGAGACUGACGAUACACAGCAGGUGUUCAUUGUGGAGGCUUCAGGGAGAAAGCUGCUCCUCCUCAUCGGCUUCGGGAUCUGCUGUGGAGCCUGUGUUGUCUUGACUGUGGCUCUCAGACUCCAGGACAGUGUGAAUUGGAUGCCCCACAUCAUCAUAGCCUGUGUCAUCAUGUACGUCAUUGGACACUCCAUUGGCCCCAGUCCCAUUUCAGUUGUGGUGACCACAGAGAUGUUCAGGCAGUCCUCCAGGUCAGCUGUGUUCAUGGUGGCAGGAUCUGUACACUGGUUGUCCAACUUCACUGUCGGACUGGUGUUCCCUUUUAUGGAGAAAGGACUAGGACCAUACAGUUUCCUCAUCUUCUCUGUGAUCUGCCUGGUUACCCUGAUUUACACCUGGCUGGUGCUCCCAGAGACCAAGAACAACACCUUCCUGGAGAUUAGCCAAAUGUUUGCCAAGAGAAACAAGGUAGAGAUCAAGCUGGGUGAUGAAAACAGUCCUACCAAACAAGAUGUCUGAUCGAAGUGGAGAUGGUCUCUACCUUCUGAGAGAGACAUGGUGAGCAUUGAAUUGGAAAGAGCAACAAUAAUCUACUGCCAUCGUAUUUGACAAUAUGAGUCUUUUUAUCUUUUUAAGUAUGCCCCUUUUCCUCUGGAACCAGACACAGAACGUUGAACAUAUUGACAGCAUAUCUCAGAUGUAAUAAAAUAAAUGAACAAGAUGCAUAUCC